ACGACAAAAGGACAUGCUAUUCACAGAAGAUGACGAUGACAAAACUGUGUCUCAUAAUCUCUCUUUUAUUUAGAGCAGUGUUGUCCAUUGUUAUCAUUACUCAGUCUGAUCUUUUGAAGACCUUCAUCCCUGGAGACACUGUUGAUUUGAAAUGCUUCAUCUCUGGGACUGGCGGAGACUACUACAACUGGUUCAAACUAASAGUAGGACAAGCUCCAGCGAUGAUAGUAUCUCUUUACCUUGACUCAAAAGAUCCAACACUCUACGGGGAGUUUGACAACAAUCCUCGGUUUUCUGCAGAGAAGAACGGAGACAGUUUUGUGCUGACCAUUUCAAAUGCCAAGCCAUCGGAUGUGGGGAUGUAUUACUGUGCUGCACGUGAUUAUGAMGGCAUGAUCUUUGGAAAUGGUAUAUUUCUGAUGCAUAAAGGUGCAGGGUCCAGGAACCAUCAUCUUACUCAGCAGUCUGUGUCUGAGUCAGUCCAGCCAGGAGACUCUGUGACUCUGAACUGUACAYUACACACUYAGACCUGUMCAGGAGAWCACAGUGUCUAUUGGUUCAGACAUGGCUCAGGAGAAUCCCGUCCAGGAAUCAUUUACACCCAUGGAGACAGGAGUGAUCAGUGUGAGAAGAGCCCUGAGGCUGGGUCUCCUACACAGAGCUGUGUCUACAACCUCCCCAAGAGGAACKUCAGRCUCUCUGAUGCUGGGACUUACUACUGUGCUGUGGCCUUAUGUGGGGAGAUACUGUUUGGAAACGGGACCAAGCUGGAGAUCAAUGACAUUUACGGAGACCCUCUUCUCUUGGUGUACUGCRUGAGCUCAGCAUUGGGUCUCUCGUUUAUCCUGAUAAUUUUCCUUGGUUACAUCAUGUACAAGAUGAACAAGAGAAAGUGUCUGCAGUAUAGAGGACCCGUCUCUCAGACAAGAAGUCCAGCAGUCUCUUAUUCAGAUACAGGGGACCGAUCUGUCUCAGACAAGAAGUCCAAGCAGUCUCUUAUUCAGAUACAGGGGCCCAAGAUGCAGACAGUCUCCAUUAUGUAG